GUUUUUUUAUAGGUUCCACAUAGGUUCUAACAAGAUUUCAGAUAGAGUGGCAUUUAUUUAAGUUUUAUUCAGUCUAUAUACUGCGUAAAGUGGUUAUUGCGUUAGUUGAUUCAAUUAAUAAAAAGAGAUGUCGGAAGAAGAAGUAGAAAAAUGGACUCGUGAGGUGCGAAAUAAAGAAAUCCAAAUGUCGCCCAGUUGCUCCAGCUUCGAAGUGCUAGAUCCUCAUGAUCCUGUCAUCAGCCGUUUGGCCACGCAGCUAUUCAAGCGUACUAAUGAUUAUCUCCAAGGGGAAAUGUCUGCUGGGCAGGAUCAUUACAAUUUGUUGGAGGAAAUCAACAGGCUCACAAUCACUAAAUAUGCAGACUUGAAAAACUUGGCAGUGAACCUGAACAAAACUUUAAUGGAGUACAAUGAAAUGUAUAAUCAACAAAUCAAGCCGCUGCUGACGCAGAUCGACCGGAUCGACGCUCAGGUCUCACAGUUUGAGGUGAACGCUUAUAGACUGGACAAUUAUACUAAACAAUUAAAAGCUCGUUUUAAAGAACUCGAAGAAAAGUAAUUACUCACAUGGUAGUUUUGUAUUGAUUUGCAUUUCAAAAUAUUUAUAUUAUCCUUUUUGUUUCAUUAAUUAUGCUUAUUCGAACCGUUAAAAGAUGUCGC